AUGAACCCUCACCUAAUGGUAAGAUUGUUCCCUCGGCGAGAUAUAACGGACAUCCUUUUCAUAUCAGCAGGAGGUGGAGCUGGUCUCUGGCUCUGGGCAAGACCCCAUGUUGCUGCAGCAGCACCAGCUAGACGUUUUUCAUGGGCAUUUUUGGGUGGUUGUUUAUGGCCUUUAGGUUCAAUUUUCCUAUGGGCUAUCCUUAGAAGUUCUGUUGGCCAAAGACCAGUAAUUGGAACUAUUCUUGGUGUUUCAACUGGGGCGAUGCUUACCAAUAUAGCAAUAGAUUAUUUUAACUAUAUAGAACUUAUGUUUUGUGGUGAGCUCCGUUUACCUGAUGAAACUUAUAGUCCAAAUAGUGAUGAUGAAAAAUAUGAUAUUGAUCUGUAG